GCGCACCCGGCAGGGGGCAGUUUAGAGACUGAGGAAGAGGUCCUAAAGAGGCAUCUUCAGAACUCGUCAGUACUGGCUUGCAGGGGCUGAGCAGUCGCGGGUCCGGAAGCGGCCUGUCCGAUGGCGCUGUAGGCUUUCAAGGUCAGUUACGACAUUGUCCUAUAGGCCUUGGAGGGGAGUACCGGGUAGAUAGAUACAACCACAACAUCAUCAUCCACUUUCAAGGGCUCAAGAGAGAGUCGAGCCGCACUCAUCCAGAGCUCGGACAGAAGCAGUCGAACGUGUUGGGGGUGGAAUGUUCCUGGGGAUUUACCCGGCGAAACCAAGCCCACCGUGAUCCCCAAAUCGCCUUCAUCGGAUUAACCCUGAGGGAGGCGAGCCGUGACCGCAACGCUGCCAUGGUCAUGUCCUCGCAGUCAGUACAUGAACCAUCCACGAACGGCGCCUCAGUGUGAUCGCUGCCCAGGCACACGAGGCAGCGUCUGUGACCAUCGGUCCUGGAGAGAUCAACUGCAUCCAGGAACUACACAGGGGUGGAAAGGCAUCUUUAAAAAGACGCUUCCUGAAAAGGUCGUUCAAUGCCGCUGUCUGUUGCUCUUUUAUGAGUGGGAAACUCAAACUCUUUUAGAGAAAAAUAACACGAGACCACCAGAGCAAUGCAAGAGCGCACGUAAUUUACAACGGGAACACGUAUUGGCCAUGCUUUGGACAAGAGCUCACGUUUGCAUACUUGCUUGAAGUAUCUGUGAGGAGUCAUCCAACUCCUCCCGGCUUUAUCUCAGGACGGGGUGCCACCGGCAUGACGUACCUAUACACACCCUGAAACCACAAUUUAUACCCAAUUCAUUUCCUGCUCCCAUUGUCUUUAGGAAUAAGGAAAAAGAACAAAUGAAAAUAAUGUUAUCAAAUGAGGACCAUGGAGCUUGUUUACAUCUAAAACCAAGUCUGAAAAUAGGAUGACUGAGCAUGGAGAGACCAUUGUCCCAUUUAAACCCACAGAGCUCAGUUCAGGAGAACCAGCUUGCAAAACUGAUAUCACUGGUGUAAGUGUAUACCCAAGGAAAGAGAAGAGCGACCAAGAGGAGCUCAGAGAUGUUAAGAAGCAAUAUGAUGGACCCACUGUAAUUCAUAAUGAACACAAGGAAACUAAGCAUUGUCCAGAUCAGCCUCAGCCUUCCUCUCUUCCUAAGCCUUUGGGAUUGGCAAUGGGGGGUAGAAACAUAACAUUUGAUGAGAAAGUGAGGGGGAGAAGAUUGAGAAACAGCCAGGAGAGUCUCACAGACCCGGGUGAGACUGGCUCAUCUACCGAUUCCCUUAAAGAAGACGUCUCGGCUCCGGAGUCAAGCAGUCCGUUGGGUUUCAAGAAUGGACAGAGCCUUAUGUCAGGACAUCCACCCAUAGAAAUGCCACCAUUCAGUAACUGGACUGGAAAUUUCUCUGAAACCGAAGUGUCCUCACAAGAUCUUUGUGAUCUGAACAAAGAGCAUUUGAGACCAUCCAAAAUAAUUCUUUCUCCACUCCAGUCCACUGAUAUGAAUCCUCCUCUGGAGCACAGUGUAGACUCCAUGUCCUUAAGGGCAGCUAAUCGGAUUGACAGAGAUUGUUUGGAUUACAGUGUGGUGGGGAGAAGGGGGCGGUCAGAAAGGCUUCAGAGGAACCUGAGCGAUAGCGGGCUGUUGGAGACCAUGGUGUCAGACAGCACCUCUGUCCACUCCAUGAAGUCCACCUAUAGCGUACUGAACCCUAUCAGACCGAGGGAUGUGAGGAACAGGAGCUUUCUAGAGGGCAGUGUUCUGGGAAACGGUGCCUUGCUGGGGGCGGAAGAGCUCGACCGCUACUUUCCAGAGAGACGGCUUGGUAUCUACAUUGCCACAUGGAACAUGCAGGGAGAGAAGGGGCUUCCAUACAACCUAGAUGAUCUGUUGCUCCCAACCGAUACAGACUUUGCACAGGAUGUCUACGUUAUUGGAGUUCAGGAAGGUUGCCCAGAUAGGAGGGAGUGGGAGAUCCGUCUGCAGGAAGCGCUUGGGCCGUAUUAUGUCAUGCUGUACGCAGCAGCCCAUGGAGUUCUCUAUCUCACUGUAUUUGUCCGAAGGGACCUCAUAUGGUUCUGUUCAGAGGUAGAACAUGCUACAGUCACCACACGAAUUAUAUCACAGAUUAAGACUAAAGGAGCUGUCGGUGUUGGCUUUACUUUCUUUGGGACAUCUUUCCUCUUCAUCACAUCCCAUUUCACCUCCGGAGAUUCUAAACUAUAUGAGAGGAUCUUAGACUAUAACAAGAUCAUAGAAGCUUUAGCUCUCCCUAGAAACCUUCCUGAUACCAACCCUUACCGAUCUACAAACUCUGAUGUCACAACCCGUUUUGAUGAAGUUUUCUGGUUUGGAGACUUCAACUUCCGCCUGAAUAAAGAUAGAGGAGAGGUGGAUGCCAUUUUGAAUCAGGUUGUAGGUGCAGACAUGAGCCCUCUGUUACAGCAUGACCAGCUGUCUAAAGAGAUGAAGGAAGGUUCCAUUUUUAAAGGGUUUCAGGAAGCACCUAUUCACUUUCCUCCUACUUACAAGUUUGACAUUGGUUGUGAUGUCUAUGACACCACUACAAAGCAGAGAACGCCUUCAUAUACUGAUCGAAUUAUUUAUCGAAACAGACAAGCAGAUGACAUUAAAGUGGUCAAGUACAAUUCUUGCUCCUCUAUUAAGACGUCAGAUCACCGGCCUGUCAUCGGCAUGUUUCAGGUCAAACUUCGUCCUGGUAGAGAUAACAUUCCUUUGGGUGCUGGGCUGUUUGACAGGAGUCUGUACCUAGAGGGAAUCAAAAGGAGAAUCACCAGAGAACUUAAGAAGAGAGAGGCAGCCAUGAAAAAUCAGAAUAACAGCACUGUUUGCACCAUUUCCUGAUUUGGGACCUGUGCACAAAAGCCAUAGGCUGCUAAAACUGUUCAAAUGCUGAGUUACUAUCUUGGAAAGCUGGACAUUCGGGACCAAAGGAUAACUCAGAUGUCAUGGCACUCAUCUGCCACCACUGAAGUGCAUCAAAAAGCAUCGGUGCAAAAUCCAGGGACCAAAAGAUGAUGCUGUGGCUGGACCCUGAAGUUUAGCAGCUAGUUUUGGAACUAUACAAUGUUGUUUGACUCAACAGAAAACUCUUUAUAAAUCUAUAAAUUAUACUGACCUAAUACACUGAACUGUACUGUACAUCUGGAAUUCUUUGCUUUUUUGUAUUAUUUUGUAUUUCAUUUAAAGGGAUUGUUCACCCAAAAAUAACAAUCCUGUCCUCAUUUACUCACCCUUAUGUUGUUCCAAGCCCAUUUAACUUUCCUUCAUGUGUGGAGCACAAAAACAGGUGAUUGAAGCUGUAAUUUUACAUACUUUUAUUGUAUGGAAAAAAAGAUGGAAUUAAACUGAAUUAUGACUUGAGACUAACAUCUUCCUUGUGUUCUGCAAAAAAGAAAGUCAGAAAAAGA